GGUUCUUUCCACAUGUCUGCUGAUGUAACAAUAUGCCGGAUGCAAAGGGGAAACUCGGGCUUAUGCAUUGCUAAGGCAGUCCACAUUGGAUACACGAACCUUCAUGCUGUGUUAUAAGCUCUACAGCAUACGAUUCAACGUUGGAUAAUCAGCUAGGCAGGCAAAUAGUGUAAAAAUAGAUAAUGGGCGAGGAAAUGAACGAGAACAUGAUCAACACAAAUGGUGCUGCUAACAGCAUGGGGGAUGUGAAUCACACCGCAGAAAAGACAACAGAUAGCGAUGUGAAAUACUACACAUUGGAAGAAAUAAAAGCUCAUAAUAUGAGCAAGGACGUAUGGCUUAUCAUCCACGAUAAAGUGUAUAACAUCACCAGUUUCUUGGCGGAGCAUCCAGGAGGAGAGGAGGUUCUGGUGGAGCAGGCAGGUGCAGAUGCCACAGAGAGCUUUGAGGAUGUUGGUCACUCUACAGAUGCCAGAGAGUUGCUUAUCCAGUACUACAUUGGGGAGCUCCAUAUGGAUGACCGGAAGAAGGGCGGCACAAAGGAAGAAUUCAUUACAACAGGAGAUGGCUUGAGCUCGUGGACCACAUGGUUGAUACCUGCCAUAGCUGCAGUUGUUGUGGGUAUCAUGUAUCGAUACUACAUGCUGGAGCGCAAGUCUUCCUGAGCCCUGAAGCUGUCGUCGCUUCUCAUUCUUUCUGUCUGGAGGCCUUGACAUGUUUAACCAAACCCCCCUUGCAUUGAACGUACACAACUUUUCAGAGGUGCCUCCCACUCAACUCACACAGUGCCCUCACCUUGAAGGAAAGGGAGGGAAAGUAUAAAACAAUCCCCUUGCCCCUCUGCUUUCUUUUCUAGACCUCACCCAACAGGCUGUGGGGUGAGAUGCAUCUGGAAACUUUCUGCCCUCAGUCUCUCAAAAUUGUUUUCUAAUCUAUUCAUAUUGUUUACGCACUCUGCCUUUUGAUACUUAUUGUGUGGUGUCUUUUUAAGUUAGUUAUUCAUAUGCAAGUGAUCUCAACUGUAAUGUAUAUCUGCAAACUCUUGUCGCUAUCUGCUUUGUGGGACUUUUACAGUGAGCUCCAAAAGUAUUGGGACAGUGAUUUUUGUUGUUGUUUUGGCUCUACUCCAGCACUUUAGAUUUUAAAUGAUACAAUGAGUAUGUGGUUAAGGUGCAGACUGUCAGGGUAUUUUCAUCCAUAUCGGGUGAACUGUUUAGAAAUUAAAACACUUUUUGUACAAAGUAUUUGGUCCCAUAUUCAUAGCACGCAAUGACUACAUUAAGGUUGUGAUUCUACAAAUUUGUUGGAUGCAUUUGUUUGUUUUGGUUGUGUAUCAGAUUAUUUUGUACCCAAUAGGGAUGAAUGGUAUAUAGUGUAUUAUUGUGCAAUUUCGGAGUCACUUUUAUUGUAAAUAAGAAUAUAAUACGUUUCUAAACACUUCUACAUUAAUGUGAAUGCUACCAUGAUUACGGAUAAUUCUCAUUGAAUCGUGAAUGAGUGAGAAAUACAUAUUUUACACCCUAGACAUGCUAACCUCUCACCAUUAGAAUAACAGGAGGUUAGCAUUUUGGGGGGCGAUAUAUUUGUGCAUCUAACUUUCUCAUCAUUAUUCACAAUUAAUUCAGGAUUAUCCAUAGUCAUGAUAGCAUCCACAUUAAUGGAUGCUACCAUGGGCACAAAAUAAUCUGAAACACAACCAAAACAAACAGCAAAUGCAUCCAACACAUUUGUCCCAAUACUUUUAGUCCCCUAAAAUGGGGGGGAGACUAUGUAUAACAAAAGUUGACACUUUAACCUCAUAGUCCUUAGCAUUUCAAAAGAACAGAAAAAUUGGGACUUUGCUGUCCCAAAACUUUUAGAGCUCUCUGUAUUUCUCUCUGUUUGUUCAGACAUGUUUAGUGGCUAACCCCACCAUCUCUAUGCUAUAGGUCUAGGAAGUAUAAAUAUAUUUGUGUGUAGUAGAGCAUGGCAACCUAUGGGGUUAUGGGGUCAUAUCUAUAAGAAUGAAUGCUGUUUUCUUACACUGAGAAAUCUGAUUAGCAUGUUUUUUUAGUUUAGGUUAAGUUGCAUACUCCUCGUGAGUCUUAAUUCUCCUCAGACUGCUGCCCAGUAUUUCAUAUCUGGUGACUGAAUAACAUAGGAAAAGCUAUCUGUUUGCUUGAGAAUAGAUUGUCAUGCAAUUUGUCAUUUCAAACUUAAAAAUUAUCAUUGAUUUGAACCAAUGACUUGAUUGAACAGUAUGCCUCAUAGUUAAAGUACAUAAUUUAUGUUCAGCCAUUAAUUGCGUUGCAUGCAUGCAUCGAAUGAUUGAGCAGGCCUCGUUCUCGGAAUAUCUAUAUUUUGCCUUACAAAGGCUCCACGCCAUGUAUAUUCUCUUGAUGUGGUAUUGAUAAGUUAAAUUGAUAUUAUUUAAAAGUGAAAUGUACUUAUCCCCAACUCCCCCUUUUCUAGUUACUUUUAAGCAUUUAUUUUGGUGAUACUAUGCUUUAAAAAAACAUUAAGUAUGAGAUCAUUGGUGUGUGUUAUAUAUAUUAUAACCUGGAUUAAUUCUAUUGCAUUACACACAUUGUGCAGGAUAUAUUUUUGUCUCUUUCUAUGCACAUCCAUUAGCAAUUAAAAAAUACUGCCCUAUGUAGUGAGUGUUGUUGAAUUCUAAUGAUUGGACUAAAAUUGUACUCAUAAAAGGCAUAAAACACUUUUAUAUUCG